AUGAACCGAAUACUGGAUCAGUUGAGAGAACUAAUGACAGUUACUAAGGAAGAAUGGAUAAAAAAGUUUGAUAGCAAAGAUCUUGAUUUUAUAAUUAGCGAGAUAAGCUCUGACCUUGAGAAAAUUGGCAAGCUAAAUGAAGGAAGACCAAAGAAUAGCGCAGCAGAGAUUCUAGAAAAUGCUUCAGCAGGGUUAGCCUUGAAGGGUAUUCUGGUGGGUGAAGCCUUCCGUGAAGAUUUAGUUAAAGGGACAGUGCUAAGCACACCUUCUGAUGUGUCACUAAAGAGUCCUUUGAUGAUGGAAAUCGAGGACGUUGCUACAUUCUCCACCAAAGCACAAUCUGAUCAUUUUCACUGUUCCCUUGAUAAUAUGGGGUACAGUGCUGCUGCUACUAUGAAGGGCAGUGGUUGGGGGUUCAAAGCGAAGGCCGAAUUUUCCGAGAAGUACAAGAGCAUAGAUGAACAAGAAGUAGAAUCUCACAAACAUGCCCAUUUUGAAUCAAGAGUAAUAUACUCUGUUACUCCUACUGCUGCAUGCGAGCUAAAUCCAUACAGCUUAAAACUCUCCCAACAAGCUCUACAUGACCUGAAGACCAUUGACAGGAUUCUGGUAGGAAGUAAAAACUUAGAGCUUGUGAGCCAAAAUUGUGAGGACUUCCUAACAACUUAUGGGUCACAUAUCAAUACCGGGGUUAUUCAUUUCGGUGGUGUUAACAAAUUUGUAGCAACCUACUCAAGUGAGACAAAAUCCAAUUCUGAUAGAGUUAUGCGUAUGGUUCGAGACUUACUAAGUGCCUACGUGUCAGCAAGCUAUUCUGGCUUCGGAUCCAGUGUGGAAGGCGUGCUUAGCGCCGAUCAAAUUAAAGCACAUGACAGCUUCAAAAAUGAAUAUGAAAAAUCAGAACUUGCAAAAACCACCUUACAUUUUGUCAGAAAUGGAGGGCCUCAAGAUGUUAGUACCUUGCAGCUCUGGAAGAUGGGUCUUGUGACAUGCCGUGGCACCUGGACGCUCAUAGAUAGAGGGAAGUCAUUAUUUACAGAUUUUGUCGGAGUAUGGAAGCUUAUUCCUAACCACGAAGAUGAUUUUUUGCAACCACAAGAACUUGAAACCUGUUUAAGGAGGGCCUGGGAAAGGAUGAAUAAUAAUCUUGUGUCCAGUUUCCAAGAACAAUCUUUCAUCAAAAGACUUGAUGAAAUGGACCUGAUGAUUGAGAAGGUUACCAUAUGGAAUUCCGCUCCAAUACUACCAAAAAAAUGUAUUCCAUAUCUCCAAGAGAUGUUGAAAACCGUCGAAGAGGUGGAGGCACAGACAGGUACAAACAAAUACUGGGAGUUUAAGUUAUGCACAGAAGCAAACAUAAGCAAUUUUCUGGGCAAUAUUUUGGAACAAAUAGAUAAGUUUCACCCUACGGAUGUGACUCUGAUACAGUUUCUUAUAAAGAAGCUGGUAUAUCCCGGUAGAUUCAGGGAGUUCCCUGGCAAAGAAAAGAUCAUGAAAUGGAUUGGGGUGAUCACUGUGGACAUUCCAACUAUACUGGCUAAUGCUAAUGUCGAGAGCGUUCCUGACCUGAUAGGAAUUCUGAAGGACAAAUUCAUUCCAUUACUGCAAAUAGAACACGCAAAUAAUGGAGAGAGAAAUGUCCAGGUAAUAGAUGGUAUCAAUGCAGGAGCAACAGUUGAUAUGGCACUUUGUGUUGGUCAGCUUCUAAAGAACUUACAGUCAUCUGGGGAAGAACAUGAAAUGUUCCUUUUGAAAGUUGCUCUGUUGUCUAUUCACUACCAUUGGCCUACAAGGAAGUUUAAAAUACUUCUUACAAUGGAGAAGCUACAGGAUUUCGUUCAGACCAUUGAAGUAUAUUGGAAGGAGUUUCAAAUCCAUAAAGAAAAAGGGAUAAUCCAGUUCGAGGCCUUUCUUAUUCAUACCUCCCUGUCUUCUGGCCACUUUAAUGAAGAAAGAGAAUCAUCAGAAAAUGAAUUUUCUGAGACAAUAACAGAACUUCGGCAAGUGUUAACACCUAAAUUAAACGAGGUCCUGAACAGGUACGCUACCCAUUCACCAUUUAAUUGGGUUGACAUGGCCAAUGUCACCAGUGAACUAGCAAGCGGCAACGUGUCUGCUACUGAAGAAAAAGAAACAAAUAUCAUUGUUAUAGAAAAUAUGGCUAGCUCCCGAGUUGGAGACACUGAAGAUGAAAUGCCAGGUUUGACAAACAAUUCUGAGGUAAGCGUAAAUGGUGAUUUUUCAGGCAUCUUGAAGAUCCUAGGUUUGGACAAAUACAGUUCAUCUAAAAUUUCUCUUUUGGACGCCAUUUCCAUUAAAAAGUCCCUUGAACAUAUCAAGCUGGUUGACAUUCCCUGGAUCAUUAUACACAAACUUCUUAUGAUUGACUUUCGUGCAAGAGAUCAAUUUUUGACAGUGGUGAACAAUUCACCAACAGAAGAUAUACCCGAUGACGAAGAUGACUUUGACAUGGAAGCUCUUCUUGAAAUGCAAAACGUUAGUGUUGGUAAUGACAAGCCAACGCAGCUAAGCACUUUGGAUACACUAGUAGCAAUAUUCACAUGUUGCGAUAACUUUCUCAAACAAACACUUGCUCAGAAGCUUUUUUUCUGCAAACUUGCUAUUCCCUUGUUGUACCCUAUAGGAUCAGACAAAAUUUGCAUGUCACUAUGGGCACUCAGAACUAUAACAGUUCAGUGGCAAGACAGGCAAAACGUUUCGGAAACACCAGUGACAGAAAGGCCUUUUCCUUUGGUGUCAUUUCUAAGAUUAGGCAGACCACCUCUAUCUAAGUCCAAACUGAUCAAUGAUAUCCUUAGGGAUAACAGUCAUGACACCUUCUUUCACCAUGAUUGCAACAAUGGUACCACAGUAAGGAAGAUUACCGACGGACUUGUUGAAUGUUCAUGGUUCAUAACAGCGGGCAAUGAGAAAGAACAUCUUCCAUGUACCACAAUGUUCCUUAACUUGAGAGGUGAUGCCUCAGUAAUGAAUAAACAGAUGCAGAUUUUGCAGGAAAUAUCAUCUGUGCUGUUUGUUAUAGUUACUGCUCAAGAUCUUGCAAAAAAACCCAAUACCGAGACAUGUCAACACAUUUUGCGGACUGGCGGUAAAGUCAUCCUCUUUUUGAUUAAUGGAAGUAACAAACCGAUCGUCAGCGAAAUACAAGCGUGUCAUGAAGCCGUUGGCAAGGGUAUUCUGAAAGGAGUUCCUAUCAUGUCGUCUAACACCCUCCAAGGUGUUGAGAAAAAUGCCAGUGAGCUCAAAACUGAAGCUAGGAGAAAACUGACCGGGGCCCUUGCUGGGUGUUCUGGCAUAAUGAUCGAAAAAUGUGCUGAACAUGCAUUGGAUAUGGGGAUCAUCGUUGAUGAGUAUGAUGGUAAAGCCUGCCUUAAAGGUAAGGUUCUUGCAGAAAACGUUGUCUCCCAUAUGAAAGGUAAAGAUAUUGCGGACUGUAAAGGCGACCUUCUUCCGUUGCAAGGCAGUGAAUGGAUUGAUUACUGCAAGCUGCUAAAGAAGCAACACCGAACAAGCGGAAAGGGCUCACUGUCAUCGCCAACAUCCCAAACAACUAGAGUGAAACAGGAUAUGGACCGUCUUCGUGAAAGGCAGGUGAAAAUAUGUAACAAGCUUACUCCUUUUAUCGGAGACUUCAUGGAAACUCUGCAAAUGAACGAAGAGGUUGUCAUGUAUUUCUUGAAGUGGAUGAAUCUCUUAUUAGAUGAAAAAUCAAGAGCCAACUUGCCAGGUCUGCGCAAGCAGUACCACAUGGCAUGGACACAGUUUCAGGAGGCCAAGAAGGAAGAAGGCAAUACAAACUUGAAGUGCUUGAAAAUCCAAGUGGAUGAAAAAGAAAAUUGCGUUUCAAGUGCAUCACUUGGGCUAGAAAAUCUUUUCAGAGAACUGGGACAGAUUUACGAAGCAGUGAAGGGGAGCAGCAACAUAGGAAAUGCCACUAAUACAGCUGUGGAAUAUCUGCCAGAAAGAGCUGCUAAAUUGCUGUUAAAGGGCAUUCCCUUAGAACUGAUUGAUGGAGACGCAUCAAGCGUUCCUAUCGAGUGGGUCAGCGCAGUACUGAAUAAGCUUGGAGACAUUCUCGGCGAAAAAAGGCUGUUUGUUCUCUCUGUUUUGGGCAUUCAGAGUUCUGGGAAAUCCACACUUCUGAACACCAUGUUUGGAUUGCAGUUCGCCGUCAGUGCAGGCAGAUGUACAAGGGGGGCAUACAUGCAAGUCAUCUCUGUAGAAAAAGAAGCUGGUCUCCCAUUUGAUUACGUUGUUGUCAUAGAUACAGAGGGACUCCGAGCACCAGAACUAGGACAACUUAAGUACGAGCAUGAUAAUGAACUUGCAACCCUCGUGAUUGGCAUGGGGGACGUAACCAUGAUUAACAUCAAAGGGGAAAACACAAGCGAAAUGAAAGACAUUCUCCAAAUUGCAGUGCAUGCAUUCUUAAGGAUGAAUCUUGUCAAUAAACACAUGCGAGACAACAGAACUUGUAUAUUUGUUCAUCAGAAUGUCCCAGCAGCUAAUGCAGAAGAACUGAUGAUGCAUGGAUGCCAGAAACUACAAGAGAACUUGGAUGACAUGACCAAAGAAGCAGCCCUCAGUGAGAGUAUUGCAGACAUUAACAGUUUUUCCCAGAUUAUCAACUUUGAUGUACAUAAACACGUCUGGUAUUUUUCUGAUCUGUGGCAUGGCGAUCCGCCCAUGGCUCCUGCAAAUCCCGGCUAUAGUGACAAGGUAGAUUCAGUCAGGAUUAAACUGUUGUUGGAGAUUUCAAAGGGGAAAACAUUUCUGACAGCUUCAGAACUGUCAAUUCGCCUUGCUGAUCUAUGGAAAGGGGUCCUUGCUGAUGACUUUGUGUUUAGUUUCCGUAACAGCCUUGAAGUGAAAGCCUAUAACAGCUUGCAGACAAAAUACUACUCUUUGGAAUGGCAGUUGCAAAACGAAUUGAAAUCUUGGUCACAUACCGCAGAGAUCAAGUUGAAUAGAUGUGAAAAUACUGAUGAACUAGAGAAAUCGUAUCAGCACCUCGUCUUCGAAAUCUCCAAAGUUUUGAUUGAAAAGGCUGAGGAGAUGAAGACUUGUCUAAAUAAUUACUUCGAGAACUGUGACCUGCAGGAAAUAAUUAUCCAGUGGCAGAACGCUAAGCUAAAUCAACUAAGCAUUGCAGUUGAGCAACAGCUAAGUGAGGGUAAAGCAGAUCUACUAUCCGUCAAAGAAUCUCGCGGAGUUGAAAUCUUGCAGACUCAAAAGUGGUCAGACCAUGAAGUACAUAUAAUGGGCAAAGCAGUUAAACUUGCAGACAAACUGAAAGGCAAAGAAGCCACUGACACUGAACUUGAACAUCAGUUUGAUAUUAUGUGGGUUUCAAUAGUGAAUGAACUUGCUACAAAAACCGAAGACAAGGUAUUGCAAAUGGAUACUUUGAUGGGCCAUGUUCUUCAUAAGAUAUUCUUUGCCCAUGGAAGCCUUCUUAAACCCGAGCUAAGGCGCCAUCCUCUAGAUAAGCCAUUAGAACAGACAUCCUUGGAAUGUAGUGUCCCUUUAGAUUUUGUGACAAAGGAACACAUCAGAGUGAAAAAAGUAGGCAUGUUUCGGAAAGGGGUCAACUACCUUACUGGUGCAGAUAACCCAGAAAUACAGGCCAUAAAUGAAACGUUGUUACUGACAAACGUCAUCCUGAGAGAUAUAAGCACAUAUCUAAAAGGCCUUUCUAGACAGGUGAAAUUCCAAUCGUACUACGCCACAGAGGUCAUACAAAUGGUAAAUGAGAGAAUCGACAGUCACAAUCAAAAUAAGAAGGGGUCUAAAAAAUGCAAGUUCAAGAUUCGCCCUGAAUAUGUUGUUAAACUAGCAGUUUAUGUAAGCCGUCACUGUGUUCAAGUGUUCGGCGCGAUGCAAUUGUCGUAUAACAAAAUACAUGGAGUCAAGGCAAAACUUCAAGAAUACAAAAAAACUGCCUGGAGCCUUUUCAAGAACAAGGUAAAACAGAGUACUGAAGAAGUACUUGCAGGUUACCUACUAUGCACACAGCUGAAGGGAAUUGUUCAGCAGGCAGUAAAGAAGGCACUUCCAAGAAAAUGCACCGAGGAAGUUCUCAUGGAUUUCCAGAUGACAAAGUACUUCCUGAUGGUCAAAAUGAUGGAUGACCUCGCCCUGAAAGGAAGCUUCAAAAACUAUAAGUCGUACUUUACGAAUACCAAACGGUUUGCUCUAGAUUGGCUUACCAAGUACACAGACCAGAAGAUGUUUUCGAGACAAGAGAUUACUGGCAUGUCCAGGUAUGCAGAAAUAAGCAGGAGCCGUAUUGUAAGAAUCAUGCAAUGUAUUGUCAAAAGUGUUUCUCACGCAACCGCUGAGGUUGAGGGAAAAAAGGGCAUGAAAAUGGCACUUUGGAUUGAACAAUUCUGUCAGAGGGUGUCGGAGGAAAUAGCAGUACCAGUCAGUACCCUAAACUUAGUAAGUGUUCGAUCAGUGGUGGAUUUCAACAAUCUGCAAAGGAUUAUUCUGGACCAGUUAAAUAAAUUUCAAGCUGAUCUGGACGGGGCAUUUACCAAUGAAACAGAAUACUCUGUUGAUUGGAAUGGGACACCUCCGUCACAGCAAAUUCUCGACAAGAUUUGGGGAUGUGCUGAACAGUGCCCAUUCUGUGAAGAGAUAUGUGCAGACACCACACCUGACCAUUACAGUUUGUCGGGGAGAUGUCACAUGUGUGUGCAGCAUAGACCACAGGGAAUUGUAGGAAUGAAUUGGUCUACGGAUACGGAGAAUCAUCGUAAAGGGCAGCUGCUUCAUGAAACAUGCAACUACGAUAUUCAGCGAAAUGUAUCGUUCAGGUGCACUGUCGGUAACUACAAAUGCAGAAAAUCAGGAAAAUGUUCUACUACUGGCGACGAAUUUGUGUACCACAAAUGUAAAGAAUACAAGACUUACAUGCCCGACUGGGACAUAGCACCCAAUCCCACCAACGACGUGUCCAAAUAUUGGAUGUGGUUCAUGGCGACCUACCAGCACCAACUAAUUGAUAUGUAUAACGCAAAAUUACCCAAUAUACCGGAGGAUUGGACAAAAAUAACAAAGAAGGAGGCCUUGGAUGACCUGCGCAAAAUCCACCAUUAG